AUGUCACUUACAGUUCAUCUUGUCAUUCUCUUUGCAGGCCUCGCUCUUGCUGUCUUUGCUACAUCACUCGAUGAGACAAUUGUUGCCGUGGCUGCAGUAAAUAUCUCGGAUGAGUUCAACAGCUUCAACCUCUAUGACUGGGUAACUGUUUCGUAUCUCAUAGCCCUCACGGGUGUCCAGCCACUCUAUGGCCAGAUCUCGGAUGUCGUGGGUCGGAAAGGCCCGAUGAUGACUGCUGUGGCCGUGUUCUUUGCCGCAAAUGCUGCAUGCGCGUGGUCUCAGUCGAUGGUAUCUCUGAUCAUCUACAGGACAAUUGGCGGAAUUGGUGGCGGCGGCAUGACUGGGCUCAGCUUUGUGAUCGUAGCUGAUCUGUUCCCAAUAGACCAAGAUGAACGCCCGAGAUACCAGGGAAUACUGAUGUCUGGCGUCGGCGUUGCGAUGGCCUUAGGUCCUGUCUUGGGAGGCAUUUCGCUAACUCCCAAAGUAUUGACCCAUGUCGCCAGCUGGCGGUGGUGCUUCUGGACCAUCAUGCCCUUCGCAGGCAUCACAUUCCUGAUUAUCGCUUUCACGAAGCUCCCCUUGCCCCCCACACAAUCAGCACGAAAUCCAGCCGAAGUCCACAGUCGCAGGGAUCGAGCCGGGAAGAUAAUUCGGGAUUUGCGUGGUAUCGACUGGUUGGGUGCUUCGUUAAUCAUGUGCUCGGUCACCUGCCUCAUUGUGCCGCUCACUCAUGGCGGCGAUCAAUGGCCGUGGUCGUCAGUGCAAGUCAUCCUUCUCCUUUCAGUUGCGGUAAUAUCAAUAACAGGACUUAUCUUGCUUGAGCUGUUCGUGCUGAAGGACGCCGCCUUAAUCCCCGUCCGGUUUUUCAAAAACAAAGCCCUCGUUAUGGCAUGGUUAAACUUGUUCGUAUACAAUGUUUUAUUCAUGGCCCUCCUGUAUUAUCUCUCUACCAAGACUGGCCUGUUCCUCCUCCCUUUAGUGUGUGGUCUUGUCCUUGUUGGCAUCAGUUUCUCGCCACUGCUCCGGCUGGCAUCCCUCAUCAGAGCUACACUACAUCUUCGAUCCAAGGCUCCUAGGCAUCUUCUUUUAUUAGUCGGCUCUACCUUGUUUUUGUUGGCGACCACGUUGAUCGCUACCGAAUUGAAGUCAGCCCCGAUUGCCGGAUAUGUCAUCAUGGCACUCGUACUUGGGAUUGGUGGCGGCAUGGUCCUACAGUCAAGCUUCUUGGAGGCCCAAGCUUCCGUCCCUACUAUAGUCAUGUUCCAAUACCUGGGUGGGGCGAUUGGGCUCGCUGUCGCUGGCAUAGUAUAUCGCCAGUCUCUGACAAGGCAGUUAAAAAACGAGCCGGAAGAAACAAUUCCUAGCGGCUUGCGCCAGUACAUCCUGCAUAAUCCCAAAUAUGCAGCUCAAAUCUCUACAGUGGCAGCAGACGUCUUCGUUGAUCGACAGGGACAUGAUGACAAUCCUGGGUCGGCCGUAAAGCCGGUGAAGGGGCUUCAAAGAGCGCAAGAGCUUGUCCGUGGACUCAUUCCGUCUGCCAAAGAUGACAUCACUGUACACCUUGGCCCAGGUACCUGGGUAAUUGACGAGCCCAUCAUGUUCAGUAAUGAAGACUGCGGUACCAAUGACUUCAAGGUGACAUGGGCAGGCUCGGAGACCGUUAUCUCUGGAGGGUAUGAGAUCAGCAAUUGGACUAAAGGCGAUAGCGGGAUAUGGUCUGCUUCAGUCCCUAAGGGAACUAAAUCCCGUAAUCUGUACAUGAACGGAUUGGCUGCUCAGUACGCCAGAAGGCUGAUCCAUAAUCGGACGGAUUUCGAAUACACCAAGGUCGGGAUGACCUGGACCAACUCAGAUUACGACUGGAUCAUGAAUACACCAGGCAUUGAGAAUAGUGAGCUCCGAGCCAUAAAUUCCUUCACCGAUCGGGUUGCACUCAUCGAAAAGGUUGGAGAUCGCGUGCUUGAGAUGAAGAGGGAUAUAUGGGCCAACCAACUCAUCGGCUAUGACCAAAUCGCAGAGCCUUUUUGGGAUGGAGGCGUCUGGAUUCAAAACGUUAAAGCCCUGCUGACUGACGGCGGUCAAUUCUACCUUGACAGAAAUGAGUCGACUGUCUAUUACAAGCCAAAAGCAGGCGAAGAUAUGGCUACCGCAUCUGCUUAUCUUGGAAUCGAAGAGGUCCUGAUGGUCGUCGGUGGAACCUAUGAAAAGCCGGCUCACGACUUACACUUUAAGGGAAUUACCUUCAAGCACAGCACUUGGCUGAGACCGGAUACUUAUGGGUAUAUAGAUCAGCAGACUGGUGGUCAUAUGGGAAAUGAUAGUCUAUGGCCCAAUUUUGAAGCUUCAAGGCCUCAUUGGUGGCAGAUGCCUAGCGCGAUUCAAGUCAGUGCUGCAUACAGCAUCACCAUAGAGGCUUGUACUUUUCGAGAGCUUGGAGCUGGAGGCAUCGGUGUUGGAAACGACAAGAACGCGCACUUGACGGGUGUUGGCCUCGGUGCAAACAACAUUCACAUCGAUGAUAACUAUUUCACGCAGGUGAUGGGGAAUAGCAUCACUGUGGGAGGUAUACAAGCCGAUGCACACCACCCAUCGCAGCUGAAGAUGCUUGUGUCAGACAUCCACGCGUCCAACAACAUCUUCAAUAACAAUUCGGUCCUGUGGUCGUCCUCUGUCCCUAUUCUCUUUACAUACACGCAAUUCUCUUCCAUCACACACAACGAUAUUUAUAACCAGCCAUAUAGCGGCAUUUGUCAUGGCUAUGGCUGGGGAAGCAAUGAUGAAGGAGGUAGUCCGGAGUACGCCAAGCGAGGCCUUUACAAAUAUCAGCCUCUCUAUGAUACACCCACCGUCAUGAAGAACAAUUUGAUUGAAGGAAAUCUGAUUCAUCAUUUUGGUCAAUCGCAUACUGACUUUGGAGGCGUAUACACGCUGUCACGGUCGCCAAACACAACAGUGUCAUCCAAUUUCAUAUAUGAUGCAAGUUGGCAAGCUUUGUACCCUGAUGAAGCCUCAAGAGAUAUCACAUGGUACAACAAUCUGGGUUUUACCUCAGGAAAGUAUUAUGCGCCAAACGAUUGGAUUCCAGAACAGCUCACUGGAUGGAACACUGUGAUUGAUAACUGGGGUAAGCUCGGAGUCAAAGACAACGAGGUCCUAGAUGGCUUCCCAAACCAUUCCGGAAGACGCAACAACACGUUUCUACGUAACUACCUUGCGCCCGACGUAAAUGGAACAAGUCUCAUUGCACAGAGGGCUGCAUAUCGAGCCGGUGUCAUUCCGUCCAAACGCAAGGGAAGGCCCGUUACGAACGAUCCGGAUAUCGCGGAUGCCUACUUGGAUGUCAAAGUCAGCGAUGGACGUGUCGUUGUUAACGUUACUAACUUUGACGAUGUGGACUUCAGAGACGUUGUUUUCCGUAUCUCAGGCCCUAGUGUCACGUUCACAAGAAAGUCCACCCCUCGCUCAAUCCCGGCAGAUGGUUCUGCAGCAGCGGUGUAUACUUUCUCUGGCUCCCUAAAGGGGAACGCCACCGCUUCGGUAAGCUAUGUGAACCCGAGAACGCGAGCAUACAGCAGAGAGAAGGAGUUUUCCCUCCUCAAACAGCGAGAUAUCUAG